CAUCACCGCGUGUGCGUGUAGUGCGUUGAAGCAUGCGAUCUGUGAGCAGCCGGUGCACGUUUUGUCGCGCGUGUAUCUACAAAACUUUCUGCUUUUAAAUAAAUCACCGUUCCUACUUGCAACAUGGAAAAACUAUACGUUGUAAGCAGAUUUACCGAUGACACUGAGGCACCAGAGCAAAAGAUUGACCCAGACAAGCGUCUACGGAAAAUUUUAAAGAAAGCCAAGCGAAAACAAGAGGCGGCACGUACUUCAGCACAAGAUGGAUGUCAGCACACAGAUUCAGCGGACAUUACACUUGAACAUGAGCAAAAUGAUGGCAAGAGGAGGAAAAUUGGUGACAAGAAACUCGCACAGGACAACACUAUAGUGCCGCCUGCUAAGAAAGUCAAGCUAGGGGACUUGAACAACGACGCAGCCCCAGCAGUACCUUUGUCGAAUGUUUUGAAAUUAGAAACGCCAGCAGUUAAAAAGAAAAACCGGAGGAAGAGAAGCCAGCAGCCUCGCGUACGGCAUAACAGAGGCAAUAGAAACUCAAGUGCUGCUGGCGACCAAGGAGCCGGCGACAAUCCACAUGACAGAGUAAAACCCACCGUAAGUCACGAGCGUGAUCCUGCGUUGGAUGACGAGUUACGUGGUAGUAAGGUUGAAGGCACAGCAGAUGGUGAUCCACCCGACAGAGCAAAGCCUACUGCAAGUCACGAGCAUGAGCCUGCAUUGGAUGACGAGUUACGUGACAGUAAGGUUGAAGGCAGAGCAGAUGGUGAGGAGGAACCUGUGCAAGAGCCUGUUGACACCAGUCUUGGAGAAUAUUAUCCGAUUCUAGGUGAUGUGCAAGUGAAAAGGACAGGUGUAGUGCAUCGAGUUCUACCAGAAUGGUUAUCUAAUCCAGAAAUGGUUGCAUCGAUGGUGAAGAAAGGCAAGAAGCCUGGUAGCAGGAAAGUAGAACACUUCAGCAGCAGCCUAAGUACCGAGAUGAUGUCUACGUUGGCUGCAAACCACAUACGGAAUCUAUUCCCUGUUCAGGAAAAGGUAGUCCCGUGGCUGCUUUCGUCAGAGCAAAGGCGUUCACACCUGCCGCCACGCGACAUUUGUGUUUCUGCACCAACAGGCAGUGGCAAGACUCUCGCGUAUGUUAUACCCAUUAUAGAAGACCUCAAAGUUCGUGUUGUGCGUGCUGUCCGUGCUCUUGUUGUUCUUCCUGUAAAGGAGCUUGCAGCACAAGUCCACGCUGUAUUCUUGCAGUAUGUUGGUACAACAUCGCUGAAUGUGCAAUUGAUUACUGGGACGAGAACAUUUGCUGAAGAACAGGGACUGCUUGUUCGCAAAGGUGCCAAGGGCUAUGCGAGUUUAGUGGAUAUUGUAGUGGCUACUCCGGGACGCCUUCUUGACCAUAUACGCAAGACUCCUGGCUUCAACCUGCAUCUGCUAAAGUACUUUGUGCUUGAUGAAGCUGACCGUGUUAUUGAGGAUGUGCAGACGACAUUGAUCCCCGAGGUAGAACAAGCUGUGUUUGGUACUGACAAGACGAACUGCUCUUGUGGAUGCACUGUCCACAACCGGCUGUGCACACAUCCAUUGACUGUGUGCUGUCUUCAGCAUUGCCGAGAGCCCGUACAAAAGCUGCUAUACUCGGCAACGCUGACGCAAGAUCCUGACAAACUGCAAAGCCUUAUGCUUUUUCAACCAAAGCUCUUCACAGCCACCGCCACAGUCAACAUGCCAGAUGAUGAACAGCGGCAGAAAACUUUUGUUGGAAAGUAUACUACACCACAGGGGCUUAGCGAGUUCUACUACCUCACUCAUGAUAACACGAAGCCAUUGGCUGUAUGGGAUCUUGUGGCAAACCAUGGUUUCCGGGACACCCUUUGUUUUACUGCUUCUAAGGAGGAUGCCCACAGGCUUAGCUUGGUGCUGAAAGAAAUGGGUAAUGUUCGUGCUGAAGAAUUUUCUGCUAAACUGAGCACAGCAGAUCGUGCACGAGUGCUGAGAAAGUUUGCGUCUGGCAAACUGGACAUCUUGGUUUGCUCAAAUGUUCUGGCCAGAGGUCUAGACGUGGCGAAUGUGCGCCAUGUCAUAUGCUAUGAUCCUCCAAAGUUUAUCAAGACAUAUGUACACAGGGUGGGUAGGACUGCACGUGCUGGUGUUCCAGGCACAGCCGUGACAUUUCUGCGGCAAGGUCAGUUGCAGGCUUUUAAGGAAAUGCUUUCGUCAGCUAGAAAAACCGACAUUCAGCCCCUCGAUCUUAGCAAUACUGAUGAGCUUGAAGCAUUGCAAAGCAAGUAUCGGGAUGCUCUUAAGGCCGUUGAAGCCAUUGUAAAAAGCGAACAAGUUGGCCCUGAGAGGAAGAAAAAGUACAACUUUGCUGCCAAGUCUGCAUCAGCAAAUGAGACAUAAUCUGAAUAUGUAUGUACUGUAUAAACUGUUGCUCUG